AUGAACGUCCCUCUCUCCGGUCGCGCGCCUGCGGCGUGAGCGCGCGCGCCAGCUGCAGUUUCCAGCUGUGAGCUCGUGAGGCUGGACAGUCAGUUUCUCCUCCGGUGGUUCGGGUCGGCUCGGUUCGGACUGGUGCGUGACUUGUUGCUCUUAUUCUCUCGGUUUGGACCCGGAACCGCCGCUCCUUCCUCCAGACCGAAACUUCACCCGAACCCCCCCACUGCUGCCUCAGGGUUCGGGUCCAUCCUCAGUUCCGAACCCACGGCUCGGUUUAUUGUUUUCCAUCAUCAUUCUGCUCUGCUGCUGGAACUUUUCAAACGGAACCGGUCCAGUAAUGGGUUGGGGUUUCCCGGUUCUGCUGGCGGUUCUGCUCGCUCAGCUGUCGGCCGGGUUCCGGGACGCUCCGGACGUUCAAGUCAUCGACGUCCUGAGCCUCCAGGACUCCAAGCAGAACGUGGCGGCGGUGGAGAAGCUGUCGGGCGGUCUGAGCGCGCUCAGUGACGUCUACGUGGUGUCGACGAUCCGACUGCCCGUCAAGAUGGGCGGGAUUUUGUUUGGGCUCUACAGCAAGCAGGACAACAGGAAGUACCUGGAGGUCGCCAUCAUGGGGAAGAUCCACAAAGUUCUGGUCCGGUACGUCAAAGCCGACGGGAAGGUCCACACCGUGAACCUGCAGAACUCCGUCCUGGCCGACGGACGGACUCACUCCAUCAUCCUGAGACUGGGCGGCCUCCAGCGCAGCAACAUGCAGGUGGAGCUGUACGCCGACUGCCGAUUGGUCGAUUCCAGUCAGGGCGUUCCCCCAUUGGUUCCUCUGCCCAGAGAGGCGGACAUGGUGGAGAUCCGACAUGGACAGAAAUCGUACGCCCGACUUCAGGGCGCAGUGGAGUCCCUCCGCCUGGCUCUAGGGGGCAGUGUGGCUAAAGCCGGAGCGCUGACCGACUGUCCGUUCCAAGGAGACUCGUCGGCCUUCAACUCAGUGAACGGAGAGGUCCAGUCCAUCCUGGGUGAACACACCAAGGCUCUGAUUGGUCAGCUCAUCAUUUUCAACCAGAUCCUGGGAGAACUGCGGCAGGACAUCAGGGAGCAGGUGAAGGAGAUGUCUCUGAUCAGGAACACCAUCCUGGAGUGCCAGGUUUGUGGUUUCCAUGAACCGCGGUCUCGCUGCUCCCCCAACCCCUGCUACAGAGGAGUGUCCUGCAUGGACAGCCUGCAGUACCCCGGGUACACCUGUGGACAGUGUCCACCUGGAACCACCGGCAACGGGACGCACUGCAGGGACGUUGAUGAGUGUGAGCUGCAGCCAUGUUAUUCUCCUGAAGCCUGCGUCAACACGGAGGGAGGCUUCAGCUGCCAGCCGUGUCCUCCAGGCCUGUGGGGGGCGCCGCUGGCCGGAACAGGACUGGACUACGCUAAGACACACAAACAGGAAUGCGUGGACAUCGAUGAGUGUGUGGAUCUCCCUGACACCUGUGCAUCAAACUCGGUCUGCAUCAACACUGUGGGUUCCUACAAAUGCGGAGGCUGUAAACCCGGUUUCUAUGGCAACCAAACAUCUGGCUGCUCCCCCAGGAAGUCAUGUGCUGCGUUGACCUUUAACCCUUGUGACACCAACGCCCACUGUGCCAUGGAGAGGAACGGAGAAGUUUCCUGCAGGUGUAACGUUGGCUGGGCCGGAAACGGACACACCUGUGGAAUGGACACGGACAUCGACGGCUACCCCGACCGCUCCCUGCCCUGCAUGGACAACGACAAACACUGCAAACAGGUCAGGUCGCACCUGGAAACAGGUCAGGUCGCACCUGGAAACAGGUCAGGUCGCACCUGGAAACAGGUCAGAUCUCACCUGGUUACAUGGUACCUGCAAACAGGUCAUGUCGCACCUGGAAACAGGUCAGGUCGCACCUGGAAACAGGUCAGGUCGCACCUGGAAACAGGUCAGAUCGCACCUGGAAACAGGUCAUGUCACACCUGGAAACAGGUCAUGUCACACCUGGAAACAGGUCAGAUCGCAUCUGGAAACAGGUCAGAUCGCACCUGGAAACAGGUCAGGUCGCAUCUGGAAACAGGUCAGGUCGCACCUGGAAACAGGUCAGAUCGCAUCUGGAAACAGGUCAGAUCGCACCUGGAAACAGGUCAGAUCGCAUCUGGAAACAGGUCAGGUCGCACCUGGAAACAGGUCAGAUCGCAUCUGGAAACAGGUCAGGUCGCACCUGGAAACAGGUUUGGUCGCACCUGGAAACAAGUCAGGUUGCACCUGGAAACAGGUCAGGUUGCACCUGGAAACAGGCUUGGUCGCACCUGGAAACAGGUCAGGUCGCACCUGAAACAGGUCAGGUCGCACCUGGAAACAGGUCAGGUCGCACCUGGAAACAGGCUUGGUCGCACCUGGAAACAGGUCAGGUCGCACCUGGAAACAGGUCAGGUCGCAUCUGGAAACAGGUCAGGUCGCACCUGGAAACAAGUCAGGUUGCACCUGGAAACAGGUCAGAUCGCACCUGGAAACAGGUCAGAUCGCACCUGGUCAGAUAGUACCUGCAAACAGGACAACUGCGUGUUUACGCCGAACUCGGGCCAGGAGGACGCGGACAACGACGGAAUCGGAGACCAGUGCGACGAGGAUGCAGACGGAGACGGCAUCAAGAACGUGGAGGACAACUGUCGUUUGGUCCUCAACAAAGACCAGCAGAACUCGGACAGCGACUCGUUCGGAGACUCGUGUGAUAACUGUCCCACCGUCCCCAACAGCGACCAGAAGGACACGGACAACAACGGACAGGGAGAUGCCUGCGACCAGGACAUCGAUGGAGAUGGUAUUCCCAACGUUCUGGAUAACUGCCCUAAGGUUCCCAACCCGAUGCAGACGGACAGAGACAGAGACGGAGUUGGAGACGCCUGCGACAGUUGCCCUGAACUCAGCAACCCCAUGCAGACGGAUGUGGACAAUGACCUGGUGGGAGACGUCUGUGACACCAACCUGGACUCGGACGGAGACGGUCACCAGGACUCCAGAGACAACUGUCCCGACAUCCCCAACAGCUCCCAGCUGGACUCCGACAAUGACGGCCUCGGAGACGACUGCGACCACGACGACGACAACGACGGCGUCAUUGACGAUUACGACAACUGCAGACUGAUCGUCAACCCGAAUCAGAAAGACUCCGACGCUAAUGGAGUCGGAGACGUCUGCGAGAACGACUUCGACAACGACGCCGUGAUGGAUCUGAUCGAUGUGUGUCCAGAGAGCGCCGAGGUCACGCUGACCGACUUCCGAGCCUAUCAGACGGUGAUCCUGGACCCUGAAGGCGAGGCCCAGAUCGACCCCAACUGGGUGGUUCUGAAUCAGGGCAUGGAGAUCGUUCAGACGAUGAACAGCGAUCCGGGUUUAGCUGUGGGCUACACGGCGUUUAACGGCGUGGACUUCGAGGGAACGUUCCACGUCAACACGGUGACGGACGACGACUACGCCGGCUUCAUCUUCGGGUACCAGGACUCGUCCAGCUUCUACGUGGUGAUGUGGAAGCAGACGGAGCAGGCGUACUGGCAGUCCGUCCCCUUCCGGGCCACGGCCCAGCCCGCCCUGCAGCUCAAGGCGGUGAAGUCUCAGACCGGGCCGGGGGAGUACCUGAGGAACGCACUGUGGCACACCGGAGACACGCACGGCGAGGUGAAGCUGCUCUGGAAGGACCCGCGAAACGCCGGCUGGAGGGACAAAACGUCGUACCGCUGGCAGCUGAGCCACCGGCCGCAGGUCGGAUACAUCAGAGUGCGGUUCUUUGAAGGGACGGACAUGGUGGCGGACUCCGGCGUCGUCAUCGACACGACGAUGAGAGGAGGCCGACUCGGCGUUUUCUGCUUCUCGCAGGAAAACAUCAUCUGGUCCAACCUGCGCUACAGAUGCAACGACACGGUGCCUGAAGACUUCGCAGCGCAUCGUCAGCAGUUCCUCAUGCACAUUCAUGUCUGAGCGCGGCAGACGGACUGCGGACACACGGCGGCUCUGUGGGAGCCGAGCGCCUGACUGGGAGCUGGAGAAACAGAAACCAGCCAUCAUCUCCAGUGUUUCCACCUUUUCACUCCAUAGUUUUAACUCGGCUCUACUGCAAAGCUUCAGCGUUUUCGCCCUUUGAUUUGGCUGUUUCCGUGAAAUAACCCGAUCUGCUACCAUCAGGAGAAGAGAUGUUCCACCAUGUUUGUUCUGUCCUGAUGACAGAAAAAGACUCGAAAAGCUCUUUGAGGUCCAGUUUGUUUCUGCUUCUGCCACUGAAAACCCAACAAUUAUUUGUGUUAACCUUCUCCAAAUAAAACGUGACAGUGUGGACGAUGCGUCGCCAGCUUUUGAGCUCAUGAAUCGAAGCGUUUUCCUUCUGCGUGGAGCACCAGACUCCUUUCUGCGACCGGCUUUAACGCGGAGGUAAAUAAGUCAAAACGUCGUCAGAGGUUUUGACUCACCUGUACGUGUUGCACACCUAACAAUAACUAUCCCUGGAAGUCGUGCUGAGAGUUUCCUGAACGCCCUGUAGGUGUCACUAAUGAGUCGUUAGCUGUAAAAACGUGACCGCGGGGUUUUCAGCUCAUCACUGAGAAGAUUUAAUAUAAAGGGCAUUAUAAUUAAAAUUUCUUGUUAUGACAAGAAAUAAAACUUGUCUCUUAAAACAAAAAAAAACUAAGAAACUUUCUCAUUUUAUCAAAAUAAAACUUGUGAAAGCAAAGAAAGUUUCUUGUUUUAAAAAUGACAUAUUUUUUAUUCCAGGCACAUAGCGCCAUCUUAUAGCAGAAUCAAGUAACUGAAAUUGGGUCUCUGUCUCUUUAAGACGCUCCUGCUCUUUCUGAAGCUCUGUGUCCAGGAAGUCAUCACAACAUGGCUCCUCUAUUAACCUUCUAAAGUUUUUACCAGAGUAAUAACGAGCUCAGCAGUUCCACCAGUUGUUUGCUAAUUGCUGCUGGCUAGUCUGAAGGAGCUGAGUGGGGGAGGAGCUGCGUCUCGAAGGCGGGACUAUGUCCCACUAAGCAUUUAGGCACCCCGAAUGGUUGCCAGGGAGAUUAGAGGAUACAUGAAAGAAUGAAGGCAACACUGCAGGUUUGUUUAUGAUGGUGGAAAAAUCAAAAAAGACGAUUUCACAUAAUGCUGCCCCUUUAAGAAGUUUUAUCGUCAAAACAAGAAACUGAGAUACUUUAAUAAGAAAAACUAUACUCAUUUUAAGAUGAGAAACUUUGUUUUAAUGCGUCUAUAUCUCGUUAGAGUUUUUCUUCAUACUGAGAUACUCUUAAAUUUAUUUCCUCUCUGGCAGUUCAUCUUCCCUUCUGAUGCGUCUGAUUUCUUAGCUUCAUGUUUCUGUGUUCGCAGAAUUCAAAUGUUGAUUCUUGACAAUAAAACUGGAAGUGAUUAUUUCCCGCAUCGCUUACACUGUAAAACAUGCGUAGUCACUCCAAACAACAUGGAGCGGGUCAAACGGUUCCUGCAGUGGAAACGACAAAUCUGGAGGCAGACUGAACUUCAGCCGGAGGAGGAGGAAACAUGGUGGAAACAUGUUUGAAUUUGUCACAUCUAGUCAUCAAUACCAGCUUCACACACUGGAACCACAGAAGAAGAACAGCAAGAUGAAGCUAAUCAGCUGGAAUCAAAGUGUCCUCCAUGUUUUAUGGUUUUAAUAAACAACCAACCCAACAAC